AUGCCGCUGCACGCGUCUCACAUCCAAGCUGCGGUUUACUGUUGCAGAAAACUUGGGCUGCAAGUCAGAACUCGAAGUGGGGUCAUGACUACGAGGGUCUUUCUUAUACGACGGCUUAUAAGAAAAAGUAAACUCUUGCCUUUCCGGCUGGUAUCGCCCACCAUCGGUCUUGGUGGACAUUUGAGUGGAGGUGGCUACGGUUCAUUGCAUCGAACAUACGGUCUCACCGCCGAGAAUGUUCUCGACGCUCGUUUGAUUGAUGUUAAAGGAAGAAUUCUUGAUCGGAAAUCUAUGGGAGAGAAUUUCAUCGAUGAGCUUCUUCCAUUGCUGGAAGAGAAAUUCCCUGAACUUGGAUUAGUGAACGAAGAUUGCUUAGAAAUGAGUUGGGUUGAAUCCAAUCUUUACUUGACCUGGUUUCCAAUCAGAGCUCCACUGGAAACUUCACUUAAUAGGAGUUCAGAAUCAGCUCUUUCGAAAUUGUUCUUCAAAGCAAAAUCCGACUUCGUAAAACAGCCUAUUCCAGCAACUGCGUUCGAAGGAUUGUGGUCCAAGUUUUACGACGAUGAAGCCGAAUCAGCAUUUAUGACAUUUGUGGCAUACGGUGGGGAAAUGGAUGAUAUUCCUGAGACUGAAACUCCAUUUCCUCACAAAGUUGGUAACCUCUACAGAAUCAUGUACGUGGUGAAUUGGGAGGAAGAAGAAGAUAAAAACUCUGAAAAGUUCAUGGGUUGGAUGAGGAGGGUUUACAAUUACAUGACACCAUAUGUUUUGGAAUCUCCACGAGGAGCUUACGUAAAUUACAAAGAGCUUGAGAUCGGAGCUAGUGAAAUUAGCGACGACAACAUCAGCUACGAAAAAGCCAAGAUUUGGGGUCUGAAAUAUUUUAAAAACAAUUUCAACAGGCUGGUGCAUGUAAAGACAACAGUUGAUCCUGAAAACUUCUUCAAGCAUGAACAAAGCAUCCCUCCACUUCCUCAUUUGUUGAAGAAAGGAUCAAACUGGAGUUUGUAA